UUAUUGUGCUCCGCGGCUCAUCAGGAUUCUAUACUUAUUCCAUCUAUGAGCACUUGGAAGGAUGGCCUGAUUUCAAUAUGGCAGAAACUAGGGUUGCUUUCAAACUUAGAAAAGACAAGUUCCAUUACAUGGCGGUGGCUGAAAAUCGACAAAGAAUCAUGCCAAUGCCCGACGAUCGUAUGUCCGGAAGAUGUCAACAGUUAGCUUACCCAGAAGCUGUUCUACUAACAAAUCCAAUCUAUCCAGACCUUGCAGGAGAGGUGGACGACAAGUAUCAGUAUUCUUGUGAUAAUAAAGACAACAAAGUUCAUGGCUGGAUCUCAUUUGAUCCUCCUACGGGCUUUUGGCAAAUUACACCUAGUGACGAAUUCCGUACCGGCGGGCCUACAAAGCAAAAUCUUACCUCUCAUGUUGGUCCUACCACCCUUGCUAUGUUCUUUAGUGCUCACUAUUCUGGAGAUGAUCUUGUGCCUAAAUUCAGAAAUGGAGAAUACUGGAAAAAGGUCUUUGGCCCAGUGUUCAUAUAUCUUAAUUCUACCUGGGGAGAAACAGGUCCACAUAUUCUGUGGGAGGAUGCAAAUUUGCAGAUGAGAACUGAAGUAGAGUGUUGGCCAUAUGCUUUCCCUCUUUCAGAAGAUUACCAGAAGGCUGGAGAAAGGGGCUUUGUUACCGGUAGGCUACUCAUUCGUGAUAGGUACAUUGAUGAUGAUGAUCUAUAUGCAAGUUCUGCAUACAUUGGGUUGGCAUUACCAGGAGAAGUGGGGUCAUGGCAAAGAGAAUGCAAGGUGAGUAUCAACAACUCUUUUAUUUUUCUUGGCCCACCCGAAGUCCGCAAGUAGGGGCGUGCAAACAGUUAAUUUGGUGCCAACGGAUAGUUUGGAUGGGUCAAUUUAUAAAUUAAUCAAACUGAAUGAAACCUAAAUCGAAAAUUUAAAAA